AUGCGUCUCCUCUGUUCUCUUCCUGUUGCUCUUUUCUUCAUUAUCGCCCAUCUCGCCGUGGCCAAGCCCGCCCCAAACCCCUUCGCGGAGCCCCUCUCUAUUGCCGAGCUUAUUCCUCUCGAGAAGCGCCAGCAACCUUCUGUCCGCUGCCCCACUGAGAAUGGUUGCACAUGCCUUACAGGGGUAUCCCCAGGGGUCUAUUGUUAUGGGUGUAAACGUGGUGAUGGCAGCAAUGUGAUCACAGGCGUGGGCAGUGGUUCAGGCGACUACAGGGACUGGGUGUUCCAGUGCGGUAAGGCAUGCCCUUAG